CGAGAAGAAAAUAACCCGGAACAACCUGUGAGGGCCUGAGCCUGCCCUCUUUUGGAGCUGGGGUCCCCUCCCACCUAUCAGGAGAGCUCCACCCCCCCACUCCCCGCCAGCGCCGGGGUAUCAGGUGACCUCAGGCCGGCACAGUCACGUGACUAGGCGCGCCCGCCCGUUGUGGCCAUGGCGGCCUCAGGCUCCGGUGUGGUGAGGCGAGUGGAGGAGCUCGGGGACCUGGCUCAGGCCCACAUACAACAACUUAGCGAAGCCGCCGGCGAAGAUGAUCACUUUUUAAUUCGGGCCUCUGCAGCUCUAGAAAAAUUGAAACUUCUGUGUGGAGAAGACAAAGAAUGUUCAAAUCCAUCAAAUCUUCUUGAACUUUACACACAGGCUAUUUUGGACAUGACAUAUUUUGAGGAGAACAAGCUAGUAGAUGAAGAUUUUCCUGAAGAUUCUUCACAAAAAGUAAAAGAGUUGAUCAGUUUUCUUUCAGAACCAGAAAUUUUGGUUAAAGAAAAUAACAUGCAUCCAAAACACUGCGAUUUGCUUGGGGAUGAACUCCUGGAAUGUCUCUCUUGGAGACGAGGAGCCCUACUCUACAUGUAUUGUCAUUCUCUGACCAAAAGGAGAGAAUGGCUCACAAGAAAAUCUAGCUUGCUUAAAAAGUACCUUGUUGAUGGAAUCAGUUAUUUGCUACAGAUGCUGAAUUUUCGGUGUCCCAUCCAGUUAAAUGAAGGAGUUUCUUUCCAAGACCUAGACACAGCUAAAUUACUGAGUGAAGGAAUAUUUAGUGACAUUCAUUUGCUGGCUAUGAUGUACAGUGGAGAAAUGUGUUAUUGGGGAUUGAAGCAUUGUGCAGAUCAACAGCCAGAAAAUCAUGAAGUGGAUACUGGUGUUUCUGGAGCAAGCUACACUACACACAAAGAACCUUUGGAUUUCCGAGAAGUAGGAGAAAAAAUUUUGAAAAAGUAUGUAUCUGUGUGCGAAGGACCCCUGAAAGAACAAGAAUGGAAUACAACAAAUGCAAAACAAAUUUUAAACUUCUUUCAGCAUCACACUAACUAGGGUGAGUGUUAAAGGCCGAGAGCCCCACCUGGUAUCUUGCUGACAGUCUUUCUGUCUACCUCAGUUCCUGUUGUCGUCUUGGGAUGAUCUGUCUGAUACCUUGCCAAUAUCCUUCACCUCUGGGCCGUUGACUUCAUCACAUUCCAGGAACUUAACUCCCACGGCCUCAACAUGAAUAUCACCAUCCUGAGUUUCUCUUUCUGAAAUCUUAAAUUUCAAUAGCUAAUGACAUUCUUAUCUUUCCAGUUUUUUACUUCCUCAUUUUGAUUGAUUCUUCUCCCUCUUAUUUCUUUUGUAUCUCUUUAGCUUCCUCAUAGCCUCCUCCUCUUGCUGCCCCCUUUUCUCCUCACCAUCAGCCUCUUUCAGAUUUUCUUCCUUCCCUGUCCAGCCUUGGCCUUAUGGGGCACCAUAUGACGUGCUCUCCACAGUCCCUUCAAAUCCAUCUUCCCCUGGUCUUUCAGCCUAAUCAUUCUGCAGUCCCUCAACAUUGAAUUAAUCCUAUCGUUCUACCUUCUUUUUUUGGGAUGCUGAGUUCCAUGUGAAGUUCCUGCAGCUCCUUCAAAGUGGAAUCACUCUAAGUGUCUUGCCUUCAGCUUUAGAAGAGCCCUCAGUGUAAGCCUUUCGUCUGUUACUAGUGUGGCCCCUGUCCCUUUCCCACUGUGGCUAAUCCAAACCUCUAACUUGCCUUAUCACUCUCCUCUGGCCCUUUGUCCCCUCCCCUAGCACAUGGCUGUUGGUCCUGUCUUACAGAAAAUAGAGACUAUGAGGAGGUCAGUGUUUGUUCACCCAUUUUGCCCUGCUCAUGUCCCCGCUUUGAGGAGGAAAAGAGGUAUCCUGCUUCGUGUUGAAGACUAGUCUCCACGUUUCCUCUCUGCCGGCUCCCUCAUGCCCCCGACGCUUCUCUUUUUUCUGCCAAUAUCCUGUACGUAUUGCUCUUUUCCAGAAUACUGUUUUUUCUUUUUCCUCCCUCUUCUCCCAUUUUUCCUUCCUUCCUUCCUUUCUCCCUUUUUUCUUUUUUACUUACUCUAAAUACAGUUGACCCUUGAACAACACAGGUUUGAACUAUGUGGGUCUACUUAUACGUGGGGUUUUUUUCAGUAGUAAAUACUACAGUACUACACAAUCAGUGGUUGGUUGCAUCUCCGGAUACAGAGGAAUUGCAGAUAUGGAGGGCUGACUAAAAGUUAUAUGCAGAUUUUUUUUUUUUUUUUUUCCGGUACACGGGCCUCUCACUGUUGUGGCCUCUCCCGUUGUGGA